AAUCCCUCAAGGUGAGAGCAAUAGCGGUUAUUGCCAUUAGAAAACAAAAAUUUUCCACACGUGUAUUAAUUAAGAUGGCGGCGUGUUGGGGGAGGCAACGUAUAUACUUGAGAUGGUUAAUGAGAAGAAAUCCUCUGGUCCUCAGCAAGAAUAAGGUAUUUAAUAGUUAUAAACCUGCUAGCAUUGAUUUCCACUGGUAGCCUUCUACAUAAUGCAGCAUGCACACUUAUAUGUUUCAUACACAGAUCAGAAAUUAUUGGCAUUUGGCAUUUGCCACAGUAUAAAGUUAUAAUAUUUGGGCAAUCGUUUUGUAAGGGAUAUUUCGAAAUUUUAGGUACGACAUAAAUCUGCGUAUUAUAGUCCUGUAUAUUAAUUUGGUUUGACUGAUUAAAUCUUUGAAUGUUUCCUGAUUGGUCAGAGAGCACCGGAUAAUUCUCAAUAUUCGGUACUUAUUACAUAAUUUCAGCUGCUGACGUGCUCAGCUCAGCGUCCAAUAAUGUUUUUUUUUAUCGAACUUGCAUCCAAAAAAUCAAUUAUUGGACACUGUCGGGCCCAAGCCCCUGCACGGCCAACAACUCAAACCCAAAAGCGCGCAAAAAUAAAAUAAAUAUACCUGAAACAUUCAUAAACUUUACCGUACUUACUCGUUUACCAUAUUUACUCGGUUGAGCGCCGCGGCGCUCUUUAAAAUUUCAGAGCUUCAGAUGCGGCACUCAUUCGCGGGCGGCACUCUUUAAAAAAAACUUUUAUUUGUGAAUAUAUUUAUAACAAGAACUUUUAACAAAAAAAUAAACAAGUUUUAAAUGUCCUUGUCUCUAAUUGUCCCCAUUUUGGCGGCGGGAAGUUUUUACACUGUUUAGUGCGGCGCUCAUUCGGGGGCGGCGCUCUUUAAAAAAAAUUGAUCUCAAAUGCGGCACUCAUUUGGCGGUGGCGCUCAAUCGGGGGCGGCGCUCAAUCAGGGGCGGUGCUCAAUCUAGUAAAUACGGUAAUCGUUUUAUACGUUGCUGAUGUCUAACUCACUAUAAUAAAACAAUUGUUGGGUUUGGCUUUCCCAUGACAUCAAGCAUUAUCAGACCUCGGUUGAUAGCAUGCUCAGCCGAGGUCAUCCAAUAAUUGUUUAUUAUUUUGGAUGUACACAAUGUUGUACUUGUACGUACAGACGUACUACUAUUUCACAUAUAGGCAAGCGUGACAUGGUUAAGGCAGUUACAACCAAAAUGGAAACAAAGUUUAAUGACAGCCAUCCCUUCCAGUGGCGAAUAACCUCGAAACAGAAUAACACAAAAUAUCUCUAUUUUACUUACAUACAGAUUUCCAGCACAUGUCAACAUAUUAAAUCGACAUCAAGUGGUUUGCCUACAAAGGUUUUAAUUUAUUAUCUUGUUUUCUAACUUUAAAAUGGGAAAUUUAUAUAAAUGAUUGUAAUUUCCAAUUGAUUGAUUUUCAAAUAUUUCUAACAGAAUCAUCUGUUUUGGUCCACUGAGAGACAGUUUCAUAACUCAGGUAUUGUCAGAAAUAGUAUAUGGACACAUCCUGUCAAUUUUAGAUCUUAGUCACAAUCCUUUUAAUUUUAAUAUGUUAGUUGUGGUCCUAUUAAUCUUAAAAUCUCAUCAAGAUCCUGUUAAUUUUAGGAUCUCUUAAACAGGAUCCUGACUAAGAUCUUAAAAUUAACAGGAUCAGACCAAUUACUAGACCAGUGGAUCAGACCUGACUAAGAUAUUAAAAUGGGUUCAGUUCUUCCAGAAACAACCAGCAGUCCCCACACAGAUUUCUGCUGUCCAGAAGGGGAGGGGAGCAAAAUUUGUUUCUGAUAUAAUUGUAUUAAUUAGACAUGUAAUGACCCAAUUGACAGGAUCAUGACUACACCUGUAAGAUCUUAAAAUUAACAAGAUCCUGACUAAGAUCUUAAAAUGAAUAAGAUCUUGACUUAAGAUCUUAAAAUUAACAAGAUCCUGACCAAGAUCUUAAAAUUAACAGGAUCAUGACCAAGAUCUUGAAGUUAACCAGAUCAUGACUAAGAUCUUAAAAUUAAUAAGAUCUUGAAUUAAUAAGAUCUUAAAAUUAACAAGACCCUGACUAAGAUCUUGAAAUUAACAAGAUCCUGACUAAGAUCUUAAAAUUAAUUAACAAGAUCAUGCAUAACUAAGGUCUUGAAAUUAACAAGAUCUUGACCAAGAUCUUAAAAUUAAUUGACAAGAUCAUGACUAAGAUCUUAAAAUUAACAAGAUCCUGACUAAGAUCUUAAAAUUAAUUAACCAUAUCACACAUAACUAUGGUCUUGAAAUUAACAAGAUCCUGGCCAAGAUCUUAAAAUUAAUUAACAAGAUCAUGACUAAGAUCUUGAAAUUAACAAGAUCCUGAGUAAGAUCAGGAUACUGAAAUUACUGAAAAAGAUCUUGAAAUUAACAAGAUCCUGACUAAGACCAGGAUACUGAAAUUACUGAAAAAGAUCUUGAAAUUAAUGAGAUCUUGACUACGAUUUUGAACUUGACAAGAUCCUGACCAAGAUCUUAAAAUUAAUUAACAAGAUCCUGACUAAGAUCUUGAAAUUAACAAGAUCUUGCAUAACUAAGGUCUUGAAAUUAAAUAGAUCCUGACCAAGAUCUUGAAAUUAACAAGAUCCUGACUAAGAUCAGGAUACUGAAAUUACUGAAAAAGAUCUUCAGUUGAAAUUAAUGAGAUCUUGACUAAGAUCAGGAUACUGAAAUUACUGAAAAUGAUCUUGAAAUUAAUGAGAUCUUGACUAAGAUUUUGAACAUAACAAGAUCCUGACCAAGAUCUUAAAAUUAACAGGAUCAUGAAAGCCAGAUCCGAUAUAGUCAAGAUCCUGUCGAUUGGGUCGUUCUAGAAAAAGAUUUGCACUUACAAAAAAUUUGUUUCUGAUAAUAGUACUGGGUAGAGUGGUUAACUUCCAAUUUCCUCCGUGGGGGAUGUAUGGAUGUUUUCUGGAAAUCCUGGAAUGACCCAUUUUAAAAUCUUAGUAGCCCGCGUGCAGGCCCAAGGGAACUGAUAUCAAGUUCCCUUCAGCCUGCUCCCUUGGGCCUGCACGCGGGCUAAAAUCUUAGUAAAGAUCUUGUUAAUUUUAAGAUCUCAGUGGGGAUCCUGAAUCAGGGUCAGAUCUUAUACAGUAGCAUUGUUAAUUAAUAUAAUCUACCUUAGUUUUUAGUCUUCUUUAUUUCAUGAUCUUUGGUCUGUUCGUCUUUUAUUACUCAUGAUUCUUAUUAAAGUCGAUCAUUAAACUUUGUUCUCUUAUUCUAAUUUUUAAGGUUCAGUUAUCUAAAACAGCAUUGUUAUAGUUAUGUUUCUAAACUAUACUUGUGUGUGUUGUAUUUAAUAUGUAGUCGUUUUAUGGAAGUUGUCACAGUUUUUAUUGUCUGAUCCUGGCGAGGGAAUCAAAGAGGUCACUAUAAAGAAAUGGUAACUUUAAUGUACAUGAAAUACUUGAAUGGAUCAAUGUAAAAUUAUUUUAGAGUUGCCAAAGUUUCAUUGAAUUCCAAUAUAUUAUUUUAAAGGUUUGUUAAACCCGGUGAUAGAGUAGAGCAUUUUGAUGACCUUUGUGAAGCUGAAACUGACAAGGUUGCUGUUCCAGUUUGUGUUUUGUCUACUCUCUUCUAUUUUUUAUUACAAUGACAAUUAGAUUGUUCAUUGUGCAGGAUACUUCAACUUGUAUCACGUUUAUGUGCCAUAUUUUCAGGCGACAUUAACAAUAACAAGUCCGCAUGAUGGUGUAGUAAAGAAGAUAUAUUAUGGAGAAGAUACAAUUGCCAUUGUUGGAAAUCCUUUAGUUGAUUUUGAACUUGAAGAUGGUUAGUUACUAUAUAGUAUUAGUAGAAUCAUACUAGUAUACUAUUGCAAAUGCUGUAAUUUGAUUGGCUAUAGCGAGUAGCAAAACAAUCAUUUUCCUGGCGCAUUUUAAAAAAAUGGCUUCCGUCUCGCGUUUUUUUUAUUGAAUUAUUUUGUGGAAUAUUUUAUGUUUGAUCUCUGAUUCGACUAAAACAAUUAGAUUGCUCGCUCUCGAUUUCUAUGAGGUGUCAGGCUAUCACCUUAUAGAAAUCUCGAGCUCGUAAUCUAAUUAUUAAAUAGUUGCUGGCUCUUCUUUUAUGAAAAUUGAAGACCUAAUUGAAAAUGGAUGACUGUGUAAAACUCUAAGCUACAGUAAUAUAACUGCGCAAAUUCAAUAAUUAAGCUGAACUUAAUUCGCAGAUUAGAAUUAUACGACACAUGCAUAACCUCUACUACACAUUGAUUUAAAACCAUACACUGAUACAGAAACUUUACAGUAAAUAUGGCGUAAUAGGGAAUUGAAGGGUUUUUGUAGAAGGGUUUGUUUCCUAUUGCCUCAAAUAUAUCCCGUGUUUUUCACUCGGGUGUAGAAUCACGAGAAAACAUUUGGGUUUUUUUAUAUUCUAUGGGCUUAUUGUUGUUAUUGGUUGAUAACUUGAUAAGAAUAUAGUUUUGUUCAAUGUUGAAACAUUUUCACUAGAUGAUGAUAGCGUUACAGAAACAGUUGUACAACGUGAAGACGUUCGAAGCCAUGUUGAACCACAGCAGACCUCACCAUCCAGUACUGAACAAACGUCGACCCGUCAGGUUUCUGGAAAAGCACUAGCAACCCCAGCUGUUCGGAAAAUGGCGAUGGAAAAUAAUGUAUGCCAACUUUUAAUAGUGUUGAACGUAUCUUGUAGUGUUUGAAGGGAAAUUACAAGACACAUUAGUAGGAUCAGUAGCGCGAAAUUUCAAGACAAAUACGUGAGAUCAGUAGCGGGGCACUAGGGGAAGGACUUCCCUUCCUUCAAUAUUUUGUAAUCAUGAAAGUCUGAUAUACUUGAUUUUGGCUGAAUUUACUGUAUCAGAAUGAUUUUCACCAAUAAUAGAUUUGAGGACUGAAAUAGGUCAAAGCUUAAAUUUGCACACCUCCCUCACCAUGCUUCAUGAAGUGUUGGUCACUGAAUCUUUUUUGGAGAGUAUUCAUUUGGGAAAUUAGGAAUGAUUUGAUUAUUGUUACUUGUUAGACGUUAAUUUGUCAUCUUGAGGUCCAUAACGGCUAUGUAGCUUUCAUCAUGCUCCAGUGCACAUGGAGACCAUUUAAACAAAAGAAUCUCAUUAGAAUCCCUCCAUCUACCUUUGUGUUAUUGUCGCGCGAGUUUGCUUGAAACCCACCUAUUGCCUGUUAUUGUCACCUUAGGUAAAUCUGAACGAUGUUCCUGGUUCAGGAAAAGAUGGAAGGAUAUUGAAAGAAGAUAUUCUGAAUUUUCUGAAGCAGAAAGGUGCGAUUUUAGAGUAAAUUUUCGUAUUAGCCACAAUUUCUUUCGCAUAUGCAGUGUAAAAAGGGUAAACUCUGAGUUUAAGAAAUUAACUGAAGAUUGAUGUUUACUACUGUGUGCCUCUAUUAGAAAGGUGUUUUUAAACAUCCCAGGUUGAUUUGUUGCUUUCAGAUACGGUGCCCUCCCCCACCAAGCCUACUCCAUCACCCUUAACCAGUGUAGUACCCACCGCCACAACUUCCCCACGUACACCAGUCGUGGCUGCACCCACUCCGCCUCCCAUUCCACAACCUGUUCUGGAAGAUAGGACUGAACCCAUCACUGGAUAUAGAAAAGCGAUGGUAAAAACAAUGAGUAAUGCUUUAAGAAUCCCGCAUUUUGGUUACUGUGAUGAAAUCAUUCUCAACAGACUAAUCACGUAAGUUAAUUUCAGUUUUACGAACUUCCUGGCGUUGCACCACUUCCUGGCGUUGAAUGUGCCACGAUUCCUUACUGAUUGCUGUUUGAAUUCAAUAGUCUUAAUUUGGGAGUCUUCACAAUGAACUCUUGGGAUUGAAGGGAAUUGUAAAUUUUUGUACAGAAAUGCUUGCGCUGCCUUUUUACAAAGAAAUAAAAACAAAAAAGAAUACAAUGUUAGUUAGAAGUAACACUUCCAUGACGCAAGAUCAUCCACCUAAUUUUCUAAAAAAACAUCAUUUUCCAUAUCUCGACAUCUUGUCUUCUUCUAUGGAGACAUUACAGUCACCUUUCAAAAAUGUAAACUAAUGCCAUUUACUUGCCAGACAUUACAAAAUGCUAAAUACUGCGAUAUCUUUUGUGGUAGUUCAUUCAAGCUAAAACAAUAUUUUAUUUUAUUUAAAUAAGGAUUUAAAAUUAUGGCUGUUUCGAUAUACGUUUUCUUACUAGACUUUCAUAAAGUCUGUUUUCUUUCUGAGGGGUUAAGGCGAAAAAGAAAGAGUUAGUAUAAGCAAGGAAGAGAGAGAGGGUUAGGUUCUUACUAGACGUUUAGGUAAUUACUAAACAAUAGACAAUUACUCAUGCCCAAAUGUAUGUUGCAUUGUUUAUGUUGUAUAACGCAAUCUUUGCUAACGUAUAUCUACUUUUGCUGUACCAAAAACUCAGUUGAUGAUCAAGCUUUUUAUUAGGGGUGAAAAUAAUAUUUUGCUUUCUGGGACCAAAAGAGAACGCAACCUCGUUCCCAGCCCAGGCUCUUUCCUCUUGGGAAGGAAAACCCAAUCUCGUACCCAGAGUCAUCGUUGAGUGGCUCUGGCCACACGGGUUUGAAAAACGAUCCUGAUUGGUCGAUCCCAUCCUCGUCCCCAGGCCCACGCUUGGCGCCCGAAGCCGGACGAGGAUGGGUCGAUCCAUGAGCUAUUGGACCCAUAGCGAACGCGGCCAAUAUGAGUGAAUACGAUAUAUUUUGCUUGAAAUAAUCUGCUUCUUUUGACGAAUUUUUUAUUGCUUUUCGUCCUGAAAAGUAAUGAAGGGAUUAAGGAGUUGAUUUACACACACUUAAAUUAAUUUGGGCAACAGAAUAGGUAAUUCUAGUCGUUAUGGUAAUGUUUCGUACUCUUGUCUUGACUCACUCUGAUUCGUACUGAUAAUGAUAAUAAUAAUAAUAAUAAUAUUAUAUAUUCAGGAAGCUCCACUCACCGAAGUGUUUUUCAGGGAGGUCCUGUAAUAUAUAUCUACAGUAUAUUAUACAUGGUAUUCGUAAACUAUACGUCUAUGCUUAUUUAAAAACUAUAAAAUAUUUACAAGUGGAUUAUAUAUAAUUAUACUUCAUAGUUAGAAAAAACUCAACUUAAUUAGAUAAAUUGUUCAACUUAAUUAGAUAAAUUGUUUUAGUUUGGAUUUAAAGAGAUUAAGAUUAGUAGAUUGUUUCAGUUCAAUAGGUAAAGAGUUCCAUUCCGAUACCGAGUGAUAAGUGAAUUGCUGUUUUCCCCAAUUCGUACGUGUGCGUUGAAGGUAGUAAUUGUUAUUCUGGCGUGUUUUAUGGCUAUGUAUACGGGAGAUUAUGGUAAGGUUAAAAUCAAAGUCGACUAGAUGGUUAAGACAUUUAAAGACGGAGAUACAACGGUGGUAUUUUCGACGUAGGUAAAGGGGUUUCCACUCUAGAGUUUCAAGGGCUUCGGUAGCGGAGGAAUGGCGAGGAAGAUCAAGGAUAAGUCUCGCAGCGUUAUGUUGCAGAACUUGAAGGUGGUUCAUUAGAGUGGAGUUGUUUUUAUCUCCCCACACGAUAUCAUAUACUGAUGGCAUAUGAUGUCCUUGAUCUAUUAUAUUGGAGUGUUAUUAUUGAGAACAAAUUCAAGCGUACAAGACUUACAAGCGUAUACACGUAUGCUACGACUGUGUUUGUACAAGAUUUAGGACUUUUUAAUUGAACUGUAUUUUAGAUAGUACAUUUAAAAGUUUUAAUCAAUGAUUUAAUAGAUACUUGGAAUAGUGUGAGAAAAUUGAAUCAUAUUUCUAUUGACAUGAACGUGCAUGUGGACAGUUCUAAAACAUCAAUUAAGCAUACAGCAAAAAGACGACAGCCAACACGAUGCUAGCUAAAUAGAACGGCAUCCAGCUUCUGAGUUUCAAGCCUGAUGAGCAGGGAGGUAUAUCGUUUCCAUCACUUCUGCGAGCCCUUUGAUAACCAACACGUACCCUGACUUUUUGAUGGUUAUCUAAACUCCAACCUAAUGCCCGACGAACAACAUGAUCUGGGAUAUUCGUGCGCUGGGAAACAGAAUAAAGUACUUCAGCGUACAGUAAGUAAAGAUUGUCAGCUCGCGCAAUUACAAUGACAAUUGACGAUUGGAUUUCAAUGUCCAUUCGAAACUUGUUAUCAUAACUCCAAAUAGCUUUUUUUGUACCUCUGUUGGGAAUAGCGUAAACAUUGAAUUUUUGGAUAAGAUCUUGUAUUUUAUCCUCGUCUGAACCACUUGUGUCUUUGACAAAGCUUGCACCGCCCUCUAAAUAAAAAAAUCACUGGCUGCCCAUCCUUUGCUUUGCCAGCUUGGCAGUAUGUAACAUCGUCACUUCCGGCUUCCACUAGAAAAGUCUGCUUAACGGACAUGAUGAACAAGAUCAGAAAACAGUAACUCGGUAUCAUCCUUCUGCCAAACGUCUUCAUGUGUCGUCUCUUAUCUACUAUGAACAGGUUUUGUCAAUGUGGAAGUCCUGGAACGGGAAAGCGUGUGAUAUAAGUAGACAUGAGGAACAAUAUGUUUUUUUCUGAUACAGUAAUGACUCCGAAGUAAUUGUCUGAUGGUGGAGGAUUAGCACGAGAGCAGUGUGAUAAACUGAGAACAAUCACAUAGAUUGAAAUUUAGCAAGGGCGCUUAAAUAUCCUUAAGGUUGGUCUUCAUAUGGGGCUAUUCAUGUCCUGUUGACCAUACCUUCAACCAUAUUAUGUAGUUUUUUUAGUCUAUUUUAUGUAUGGUUGUAAAGUUAAUAAAUAAUAAAUAAAUAAAAGUUUAUUCUCAAUUUCAGAACUAAUUAACUUGGUAGAGGAACACGAUAGUUAUCUUGUUUGCAGUGAAAACUAAAUACAACACAAAAAUUGCUAUAGCAAAGGUAUAACAGACGUUGUGAUUAUUGUUCCACAGAACGCAAACAGUAGCUAUACAGUACUCGCAAACUUGAGCCCUUUAUAUAACUAUGAGAAGUAUUAUACAGAUUAUACAUAGAACGGCUAAGAACGCCACAGCGUCGCUGCUGUCCAUUGAUCUCCUAUUCACAUUAAAACAGAAAUGCAUCUGUGCAAAUAAUUGCACAUUGGUAAAUGAACAACAGUUGAACACCAAUGUUAAAUAACGCCGUGAUAUCUAUUCAGCAAUAUUAUUGUACCUCUCACAUUCAACCAGGAUAUUGCAGGCGCAAUUACACUUCAAAGAUCUGCAACAAAAAUAUUUUUACAAAAUUGAACAUUAUAUAAGGAAUGUGCCUAAAUUAAUGCGAAGAAUCACUAUUAAAACAAACUUAGAUGCUUGGAGAAUGCGGCUAACACGACUAGAUAUAUAAAAUUCGAACCAAACUUACCUAUAUACAAAUCUGUGAUACGGUAUAUCAUCGAUGUUGUUCGGCAAACCUUUGCUUCCUUCAGUGUCACGCGCUGCGUAUCACGCUUCAUAUUUCGAGUGUUAUGUUUCACGUGUUACAUAAAUAAACAUAGAUCCGCUGUGGCGGACAUGCAUCUACUGAUUACUGAAUAGAACCAGGUAGCACUGGGAAAUAAAAGGCAUUGAGCAGACAUGUCAAUAGAAAUAUGAUUCAAUUUUCUCACACUAUUCCAAGUAUCUACUAAAUCAUUGAAUUAACACGUGCGAAAUGUGAAACGUUCAACUUUCAAAUCUACUAUCAGUAAAAUACAGUUCAAUUAAAAAGUCCCAAAUCUUGUACAAACACAGUCGUAGCAUACGUGUACGCUUGUAAGUCUUGUACGCUUUAAUUUAUUCUCAAUAAUAACUCUCGAAUAUAAUAGAUCAAGGUGAUCAUAUGCAAUGGCGCCGGGGUGGCGCAUGUCGGAAAAUUGGAAAUUUGUUAUGUUGUCGGAAUCUUCGUGAUCAAGCAUACCUGCAUAUACGAGCGGGAAUUUUACUUCUCUUCGUUGUUUGACAAUCGGAAACAUGUUUGAAUAAAAAAAUAUAUCGGAAAUCGGACUCACUCUACGUUUUCGCAAUAUACGUUUAUAGAAUAUGUAAUUCAAUAUGACUUCAUAUAUUAUUUAUGUCGGAAAAAAUUGUGUUUGUCGGGAAAAUGCUGGCCUUGCCCCCCCCCCCCAAAGAAAAACAAAAAAAAAACAUGGGACCCACGACGCCCCUGAUCAUAUGCCAUCAAUACGAAUCAGAGUGAGCCAAGAGUACGAAACAUUACCAUAACGAAUUACCUAUUCUAUUGCCCAAAUUAAUUUAAGUGUGACUAGUUUUCAUGAUUUUCAGGCAGAUUUUCAAGCAAAAUAAAGCAAAAUAUAUCGUAUUCACUCAUAUUGGCCGCGUUUGUGAACGCCACAGGGGGUAUGGGUCCAAUAGCUCAUGGAUCGACCAAUCAAAAUCGUUUUUCAAACUCGUAUUUUAAAUUUUAUCGCCCGAAACUAUAACACACAAAUUGUAAUCUUCCAAGCGCAACAAGCACAUGACAAAUAUUUUAAUAAUACUUUUAGGAAUAUAACAUAAAUCUGAUUUAGAUAACAUGCACAGGGGUCUGACCCUAAGGUAAAUUUACAGAUGCCAAAAAAGGACACUAUUAGGGAGCACUAUACUAGGGGGAUCUGGGGGGCAUGCUCCCCUGAAAAGUUUGAGAAUCUGGUAUCUUGGAUUGGACAAAAAUACAUUUGUUACAUCAACAUUUGUUACAUCAUUAUAUAGUCUAUAUACACGUACUAUUGCACUAUUAAGAUAGAUUUGCACUUAUAAUUGCGUUUCUGAGGUCAUAUCUACAGUGCAGUGAAUUUCUCCUUUUAUCUAACAAUUAUCUUUUUUUCUUUCUUGGGUCAAUAUUUUCUGGAAACUUAGAAUAUUAUUAUUAUUAUAUUCUGGGACCAAUGCAUGGUCCCGUGGUCCAAUACUUUUUCCACCCCUUGCUUUUUAACGUUUUUUAUUGUUUUACAAUAUUUACAGUUUCAGAGAGAAUGCAAAAGAAAUAUCAAUGGAUAGGGGAGUUAAACUAUCAUUUAUGCCGGUGUUUAUCAAAGCAGCGUCCAUGGCCUUAAGUUAUUAUCCCAUAUUGAACAGCUCUGUGGAUGAAAAUUGUGAAAAUAUAACUUUUAAAGUAUGUUAAUAAUGGUACUUAAUUUCAUCCCUACUGUAUAUGUGGUCAAAUAAUUAUGUCUAUUACAGGGUGUCCCCAAAAAAGUAUACCUUUGUGAAAUUUUCCUAUUGUAAUAAUUUGAAUGCCUGCAGAGCAUUAUACUGAACCCACAGAAGCGUCAAAUACAGGAUGUAUUGAAAAACGAGACCUAAAUAAGUAACUCUAUAUUCUUGAUAAGUAACAGAUUUUCUACUGGGAAUUUAAAAUAGCUUUUAAUAUUAGUGACUACACAAAAAUGCUCAAAUGUCUAAUGAGUCACACCGUCACCUCGAGCAGAAAUGGUUCAACUGACCAGCGAGCAAAGAGUCUUUAUCGUGUUAAAGGCACAGUUCAGCCCUUUUGAGUGAUGGUUUUUAAGGCGCAUUUCAGCCCUUUUAAUUGAAAAAACUAACUAGGAAAAUCAAUUAUGCAUAAUUCAGGAUCAUUAAACUCAAUGUUAAAAACAAUACAAAAUUUUUUGAAAUGUUAAAAACGAUGAGUUUAGGGGCGGACAUUAGAAAAGUGAUGGGGGGGGGGCUUUUUCAACUUGUACGAAUAUUUUAAUUUUUUGCUUGUGUCGAUAAAUUUUUUAAAUAUAAUCCUUUGCACGAAUUUCAUUUAUUUCAACUUAUAAUUUUCCCUAUUGAAAAGGCGCUGCACGAAUUUUUUUUCUCAAACUUUUUUGGUGCACGAAUGUUUUUUCUUUCUGUUUCCCCUGCACAAUUUUUAUUUUUGCUUUAAAAACCAUCAUUCAAAAGGUUGAACUGUGCCUGUAAAUUGUACGCAAACUCAAAGUUCAUGCAUAAAAUUCGAUUCAAUUGUGUUUACGCACUCGUGGAUUCUGCAUAGUAAUUCAAAUUCCAACAAAGCUUGAUUUCUAAAGGUAUACUUUUUUGGGAAACCCUGUAUGACAUAAAUCAAGGCUACUUGACCGUGUGGUUGCUGCUAAACGAAAUUCUUAAGAAUUUGAAAAAACAUUUCCCAGCCUUCAGUAAAUAGGGAAGGUACUGCCAUGAAAUAAAAUAUCUUGGUCACUUGGUGUAAACAAUAAUGUGAAUUUUAUUUGCAGGCUUCACACAAUAUAGGCAUCGCCAUGGACACCAGUCAAGGUCUUGUUGUUCCUAAUAUUAAAAAUGCUCAAAAUAAAUCAAUUUUUGAGAUUGCUAAAGAACUUAAUACUUUACAAGACCUCGCCUUGGCUGGGAGACUGGAACUAGAACAUUUACAAGGAGGAACAUUCUCUCUGUCAAAUAUUGGAUCUGUAAGUAUCGUUGUCUUCCCCUGUUAAUAGGCCUUUUCGACAAUUAAGCAUGUUCUACCAUUCUUCCCGACGAAGCCAAUAAGCAAAUUAAUUAUGCUUGCACUGAAAUCCCACUGCAAUUUCAACUCCAGCUUCCUUGCUCUUUUGGCUUAGCAUUUGUAUUCUUGCAAGGCCCUUGUUAUUCUAGCCUGUGUUCCGCUUGAAUAUGGCUAGCUUUACAAAAAUUGCUUCGUUUCCUAAGUCAGUUCUAUCUCAACAUCCCAUCUAAUCUGCUUGUAUCUCGGCGGAUUGGUGGUCCCCGAAUACGCUAGUUUCUAUGGCAAGGUAUCCAAAGUAUUCCUUAUUAGUAUUAACGUUCAGAAAAAUAUGAAAUUGAUGUCUUUUUAGUAAGCAUCACGGGGCAAUAUAUAGAUGAUUGUCAACUUCAGAAUUGACAAUUGUUCACUUUUUGGAGCAAGGAUAUUAAAAUACAUUGAUCUCUUUAUUAGAGAAUUAUUUAUAUUUCUCAAAAUCAUUAAUAAUUCAUGAGCAAUUCAGCCAAUGAUAAUCACCUAUUUGAUCACAAGAUGCCAUUUGUAUAACCCGGUGAAACUAGAUGAAAGUCACUAGUGUUUUCAUCAAAUAUCUUAAUUACGCAUGCAAAAUCACUUGAAUAGAAUUCCUAAUUACGUUAUGCUUGGUUAAGAAUUCUAUUCAAAUCAGCAGACGAAAACAUUCUGUUACGUCUCGAUUAAUUUGAGAAGCCAUAUAAACAACUCGAGUUCGUGUCUCACCGGGAUACCCAAACACUCGAUAACAAUGUAUGAAUGUAUGACAUUGUUUUCUCGUGUUUGGAUAUCCCGGUGAAACACUCGCUCUCGUUGUUCAUAUAUUACAUACAAGACUACAACAUAUAAGAAAAUACUGAUGCAUCAUGAACACUGUUUUCUCACUCUGAAAGACUGAAACUGCCUGUAGACCCUACCCUCAUGCAUUUUUUUGUUAUUAACUGAACUCCAUCCGGGCGCGAGAAUUUAGGGGGGUUGCGUGCAUUUUGAGAAAGGCAGGGAAACGCCUGCUGAAUAAUUUUCGAUUUCGCACUUCCGGUUUUGAACACCUGUUUCGCACGAUUUCAAUAUAGAAUUCACAAAAACGUGAAUGAUUGCAAGUACCCAUUGCGAUAGGCGUAUUGGCACAGAAAAAAAUGUAAAUAAACGAACUCUUAAUCCUCUUAAGGCAUCUAUCCCCUUUGAAUGCAUAAUGAGGUUAUCACUAACAGAGGCUAAACUGCUAAAGGAACACUAGCAUUCAGGGUUCGUACAAAACUUGAAUUUAAAGUCCUUGAAUGUCAUUGAAUUUGAAAACAAAAAUUCAAGGCCUUGAAUGUCCUGGAAUUUGUAAAGAAGUUCUUGAAUUCUUCUUGGUUUAGUUUAUGGAUAUUUUCUGAAAUUAUUUGACAUUCAAAAACGGACAUUAUAUCUUAUUGGAUUCUUCUGAGCCCAAUAUGGCAAAAUAUUAAGUCGAGAGUUCAAUAUUGGGCGAGACCGAAGGUCGAGCCUAAUAUUGAAGUCGAGACUUGAUAUUUUGCCAUAUUGAGCGAAGAUGAAUCCAAUAGGAGUUUUAUUAUAUCGAACAAAACAAUUCUAUAACAAAAAUUGUCAAUAAGCGAUAAAGUAAAUACAGCGAGACUAAUACAGCGACAACAUUACUAUAUAUCGGCGGCGAAUUUGCUUAAAGUCCUUAAAUAACUAAAAAAAAAGUUAAUAAACCUGUUUUUACAAAUAUGUGUGCAUAAAUAAACUCAAUUCCAUGUAUGUUUAAAGGAAAUUUGACCUAAUUUUAACGAAAAAAAUAAUAUUGCUAACUUCUAGGCUGUUGCAAACAAAUAAAUUUCGCGAAGACACGUUUUCGCGCGCUUUUAUAAUUUUAAAUAAAACUGGUAGAAAAAAACUGUAUUAAUGUCCCAAAUUCUUUUCAUUAUUCUGCCAUAUCGUUUGUCGUAUGUUUGAAAUUGACAAAACAUCUGAAAAGGGUUGAAAAACCAUGGAAAAAGCCACAAUUCGCAACUGUCCAAUAGGUUCCUGUCCAAUAUCGUAAAAUAUUGGAUCGGCACGUGACCCUCUCAACGAUUACUGAUUGGUUAAGUGCGCGUGAGUGUAUAAUAAUUUGUUGAAUUGAUUUUGCCGAUGAUCAUAUCUGACAAAGCUGUUUGAAAUUCACUAAAGUUGCGUUUUGAACAAUUCAACGUGACAUUGAACAGAUUUCUAACGCCUUCUUUUCAGUGUUUAGUGCUUGAAUUUGCUGAUACAUGGUCUUGAAUGUCUUUGAAAAGUCCUUGAAUUUGACACUCUCUGAUAUGUACGAACCCUGAGUAUCAACGUUAAUCAUUUGUCUUUCUCAACAGAUUGGUGGUACAUACGCUGAUCCCGUCAUUCUACCACCACAAGUCGCCAUCGGAGCUUUAGGAAAAGCACAGGUAUAUGUGCAUGUUGAAUAAUCUAAAAGUGAUAGUGAUAUUCAUAUAUGUAUCAGAAUUUUAGGCACAACUUUAUGAAACUUUACAUCAAAUGUUUUCUCAUCCAACUUUGGUAUAAUCAGAAAUACUUUUUUUCAGAAAGUGAUUCGAUUCCACACAUUUGGACAAAACUAUUCCUACAUGCAGUGCAUGAGGACAAAAACCAAUGUAAUCUUAAUACUAACACGUGUAUCUCUGUUCGUGUACAGGCUGUACCAAGAUAUAACGACAAAGAUGAUAUAUUUAAAGCUCAUGUGAUGUGUGUAUCAUGGUCAGCUGACCAUCGUGUUAUUGAUGGCGCAACAAUGUGUAGAUUUUCUAAUCUUUGGAAAUCGUAUCUUGAAAAUCCAGCAUCCAUGUUGAUGGAUUUAAGAUAAAAUUUAGCUCCAUAGUUCUAUAUAUCGAAUAUGCAAUAUAUUACUCUGGCCAGAACAGUAUCAGUAUAACCGUAUAUCCACGCUGUUCUCCGCACUGCAUGCUUCUCGUAGUGUAAAAGCCUUCGCGAAGGAGAGAGAUGAUAUCCUACGAGAACCAAUUUUACUGGCCUAAGGCUGUUUGAUACAAUUUUUUGUUAGGUAAAUAUUUUAACUACGGGUUGUUUCAUAAUUUUUUUCGGGGCGAAGCAACGCACGACUCCCUAUCAGUAUCGACAACGAAUACCAUACACAACCAGUCUCGUUCUUUGAACUGUAUUAGUGAGCUUAAAACCAAUUUUGGCGGUAUUUUGCUUCAUAGGACAUAGCGCUCGUGUAACGAAGCAAAAAACUUAUGUUUUGCCAUAAUUAUGUUUUAAAGACUACCACAAACUGACACAUGCAAAUACAGUUUUUUCCAGUCUCUUCCCGGCCAUCUGACGUCCGUGUUGACAAAAAUGACGCUUGCUUAGGCUUAAGGCCCUGCAAAGUCCCUUCGUAAGGAGACUUAAUGGUUCAGCAUUUCAUAUACCCCCAAUUUUAUAAGGCCAAAAAAAUAUGUGGUUUUCCUAUUUCUUCUUGUAAAAACGUCGGUAGGGCAGGUCGGUUUUAAAUUUUUUUUAAACUUUUUUUAAUUUUCGUAACAACCGGACGCCAUUUUGUUUAGUCAGUGCUUCCACAUUCAAAGAUAAAUUUCCCUAAUAUUGCCUCAAAUUUCCAUUUUUCACAAACGUUUUCCUCUAAGUGGAAACACUUACAAACAUGAUCCAAUAAAAAAGUUUAGGGUCGGGAUUUCGGCGUCCAAAAGCUAGGUAGGGUCGGGAAACCAACAUUUUUUUUGGCCUAACUCAACGUUGUGCCAGUAAGAUUGGUUCCGUUCCCAGGCAGAAAAUAAAUAACUUUUUUAUAUACACAGUGUAUUUACAACUAUAUAAUUCCAUGCAGGUUGCUUUCUCGAAAUCAAAAACACAAAACCUCGACCUCUAAGCGCAAAAUUGACAAUGAGGACAUGGUUUGUUUCGGGACAAAGUAUAACUAAAAGUCCAAUGUGCUUUUUGCGCAUAAAAGUCGAGCAUUUGUGGGUUUUGUUUUGACUUCACGAAGAAUAUUUUAAUACAAUUGGUUGAAUAUUGAUAAAUGAAACGUAAAAUGAAUUGUGCUUUUAAAUGUCUGAAAACUGUAUUAAUAAAUAUACAGAAUGGCAGUAUAUAUUUCGUAAUUAUUAUCAUUUUGUUCAGUGUAAAUUCAGCCGAUUUGGAAAGUCCUGAGAAUUGGGGUCAUCACACUCUUCUUCUGCCAGUUGAUGUUUAACAAAUUUAAACAUUUUCCGUGUUGAUAUACAGUUAUAUCAACACGAGUGUAAAUUGGGAAAACAAUUCAGUAUAUUUAUUUAUUAAACUUACCGAAUUCAUACUGACUUUGGACGUUCGAAUUCUGUCGAAAUUUAUUUACAAGAUAAACAGACUACACACAAUACAAUGUGGUAAGUUUACAAUAAAAAUAUUUCUGCCAAAGUACAUAAUACGUGUCAAGCAAUGAAACGUACAUGGGACGUUCUUAACCAUUCAAUUCGUGUAUGACAUAGACAGUGUGGUGUAAAAUGACUUGAAGGUAUCCAUGAAAGUUUCAAUAGAAGCUGAGCUUGGGAUGUUUCACUUAUAAUGCCCCAAAAUCCAAUUGUGUUAGUUUAACUUUAGUUUGCGUUGUUCCAGGAUAGCCACAAGUAAUGUGACGAUCAACAGAUAAAUCAGUUUCAGUGUCGAUGUUUCUUCUUUUUCUUCUCAUGUUUCCGCUUCUUCUUACU